AUGGUUCUAGCUCGACUUGCCUGGCUUGCCGGCCUGGUUAGCACUGCUAUUGCUGCGACCCCAGCGGAAUGGCGCUCGCAGUCCAUCUACUUCAUGCUCACGGAUCGUUUUGCCCGGACGGAUGGUUCAACUACUGCUGCCUGUGAUACCGCUGACAGAAAAUACUGUGGCGGAACCUGGCAGGGAAUCAUUGACAAGCUGGACUAUAUCCAAGGAAUGGGCUUUACAGCCAUUUGGAUUACUCCGGUGACCGGUCAAUUGAGCGGGGAAACCGCGUACGGAGAUGCCUAUCACGGAUACUGGCAGCAGGAUAUCUAUUCUCUCGAUUCCAACUAUGGAACCGCAGACGAUCUCAAGGCCCUCGCUGCGGCUUUGCACAAACGCAACAUGUAUCUCAUGGUCGAUGUCGUAGCAAACCACAUGGGCUACAAUGGCGCAGGUGCUGACGUGGACUACACCAAAUUCAACCCCUUCAACGAUGCAAAGUAUUUCCACUCCUACUGCCCAAUCACCGAUUACAACGACGACACCAUGUCGCAAAACUGCUGGCUUGGCGAUAACAAGGUCUCGCUACCGGACCUGAAUACACAGAGCAAGGAGGUGCAAGAUAUAUGGUAUGACUGGGUUGGAUCUUUGGUCUCCAACUACUCCAUCGAUGGUCUUCGCAUCGACACAGUCAAACAUGUCCAGAAAGAUUUCUGGCCCGGCUACAACAAAGCCGCGGGCGUCUACUGCGUAGGCGAGAUCCUUGAUGGCGACCCAGAUUACACCUGUCCAUACCAGGAGGUAAUGGACGGAGUGCUCAACUACCCGAUUUACUAUCCACUCCUCAAGGCCUUCCAAUCGACCUCGGGAAGCAUGACCGAUCUAUACAACAUGAUCAACACGGUGAAAUCGACCUGCAAGGACUCAACCCUUCUUGGAAAUUUCUUGGAAAACCACGAUAACCCGCGUUUUGCCCACGCCACCGAUGACAUUGCUCUCGCCAAGAACGCAGCCACAUUCACCAUUAUGGCGGAUGGCAUUCCUAUUGUCUAUGCAGGACAGGAGCAGCACUACAGUGGUGGCGAGGACCCGGCUAAUCGCGAGGCUCUGUGGUUAUCCGGAUACAACACCGACAGCGAGCUGUACAAGCUCAUUGCCAAGGCCAAUGGCGCCAGAAACCAGGCGAUUGCUAAGAGUACCAAUUAUACUAUUUACCAGAACCACCCAAUCUACAAAGACGAGAGCACCAUCGCCAUGCGGAAGGGCUUCGAAGGCGGACAGACAAUCACUGUCCUGACGAAUCUCGGUGCAGGGGGUAAAGAGUAUUCGGUUUCGAUUCCUGAUACUGGAUUCAAGGCUGGCGCGAAGUUGACUGAGGUUGUCUCCUGCGCCAGUGUUACUGUUGGUGAUAGUGGGGAGGUGUCUGUUCCUAUGGCGGCUGGAGCGCCGAGGAUCUUGCUCCCCACGUCUUUGCUCGAGGGCUCGACUCUGUGCUCAUCGUAG